GAUCCGCUCCGGUAAAUCCACGCUCCCGCGCCUGCUCAGGCUAAGCUAGGCUAGUUCAAAUCUCCCCCCGCUAACCGUCACCCGCUCCAGGUACCACUGCUCCCGUUAAUGUCGUCUACAUCCCCGCGGAGCGUUUACUCUUCCGGCACACACGGCGUCCAUAAAUCAGUAUUUAUUCGGUGAAAUCGAUCGAUCCAUCCGGUUAAUUUGAUCCAGCUAGUGUUUGCACUGACUCUAACCUCACAGCCAAAAUGGCGGACAGCGAGGGUGACAGAACAAUAACAGCCCCGGAGCCACCGGGGGCCGCGGAUCAGCCCCCCGCCUCCCUGAGCGCCCAGCCCGGGGACGGCUCACCAACACAGCUCGCCGCUCACGGCAGUCAGCCCGGGGAGAAUGUAGCGGCGGCUGCUGGCGACCAGAGCGGUCAGUCCGGAGGGAAUCCAAAGAACGUGUCCAGCGCUGAGGACGGCCAGCCUGGCCACAGUGUACCGGCGGGGUCCGGGCCUCAGAUGGCGGAGUUAUUACCGAGCCAGCCGGAGGAGCAGAGCAUCCUGGUAGGCACGGAGUUCACCGACCUGACCAACACCACCAUUCUGUACGUGCAGCCGGACGGCAGCUUGGUGGAGAGUUCUGGGCUGACGGCAGAGGAGCAGCAGGCUUUGCUGGACCAGCUCACCAAGCAGCAGGUGGUCCAGGUCUCCGACACCGAGGCGGCACAGCUGCUCCAGCAAGGCCAGUUGCUCAAACCAGUCCACAGCGCGGCUCUAGAUCCCAGUCAGCUGCAGCAGGUCAUCAACCAGGUUACCAAGUCCCAGCAGCAGGUCCACGUACAGGUACCGCAGCAGCAGGUCCACAUCCAGGUCCCGAAGCAGCAAGUCCACGUCCAGGUCACCCAGCUGGACCCAAAGCAGCAGGUCCAAGUCCCCCAGCAGAACCUGAAGACCCCGAACAAUGCCUCCCAGCAGCUGAAGAGCGUGGCCCAGCAAGUGGCCAUGCAGACCAGCAGCACGAUCCCAGUGGUCCAGAAAAAGACGGAGCCUGUCAGGAUCCAGAUCCAGGUGUCUCCCAAACAGGAAUUGAAGCUUGGCUCAGCCCCCCAGCAGAAGGCUGUCACUCAGCCACAGGUGAAGCUGUCGGCCAACGGCAGCGUGAGCAGUACUCAGAUUAUCCACAUCCAGCCUGUGGUUGGUCAGCAGGGUCAGCAGUUUUUCCUUCAGCAGAACCCUGGAGAUCCGCCCAUCCAACUGCUACUACAGAGCCCCACCCCCGUUGUCAGCUCUCUGCUACCAUUGGUCCACAAGCUGACGGGCCAGACAACAUCAGCAGCCUCCAGCCCGGGCCAGAAACCCACAACAUCACCGAUCAGAGUUUCCACAACACCUACUGUUAAGAUCCCAGCCCCUUCAAUCAUUAAGACUCCGCCCACUACUGUGGCUAAAACUGUUAGUUUUCCGCUAAUUAAAACGCCUGCUAACGGCACAAUGAAUGCUGCCAGUAAGAGUCCCAUUAAACCAGCUGUCACAGUCACAGCAGUCCCAGUACAGACUGUCGUGCCUGCUGCACGACCUGUCACAGCGGCCACUUCUCCUGCAGCCCAGCCCCCUGCCGUUAAGGGCAGACAUGAGCAAAAGGAGAAGAAAGCAAAGAAGAGGGAGAAGAAAGCAAUGAAAGUCCAAACCCGAUCUGGGCGAGUCUCCAGACCACCGAAGUACAAAGCCAAAGAUUACAAGUUCAUAAAGACAGAGGACCUCGCUGAAAGCCACCAGUCCGACUCCGACGACUACUCCGAUAUGAGCGUGGAAGAGGAGGAUGGUGAGGGCAGCAGGAAGGAUGGCUCUGCGCCCGGCAGCUCCCACUCCCUCACCUACAGCCACAAGUCUCGGUCCCACCGCUGCCAGACCUGUGACAAGGCCUACAUCGGUGCUGGCGGCCUAAACCGCCACUACAAACUGAACCCAACUCACGGGGAGCCCGAUCCACCCGGUGACCUGGCGGGCAACACAUCACACCCCCUCCCAGAUGACAGCCAAUCAGAGGAGAUGGCUUCAGGUGCUGUCAAAGAGGAUGAGGAGAAAAAUAAGGAUGACAAACCACCUACUGUAGCAACAAACAAAGUAGAGGGGGGUCCGGCAGCAGCUGUAGGACUGAGGGGCCUCCAUCAUCGGGGCCCCGGCCGCCCCCGAGGACGAGGGCGAGGGCGAGGCAGGGGACGGGGACGGGGACGCUCACUGGGACCCCCUCCUAAGGUGACGGUGGGUCUCAUUAGUAGAAGAGGUCGUCGUGGUCGACCUCCGAAGUUAGGCAUUACCACGGUAACAGCAGAGCAGCAUGCAGAGAGAAGACGAGAGCGACUACAGGAGCUGGUGGAGCAGUGUGAGGAUGAGGAGCUAAUGGACAUCGUGCUUCCUCAUCUGACCAAAGUGAUGAGUCUGUGGGAGCUGCUGCUUGCAAAGGUGGAACGCGGUGGUCCUGCUCGGUCUCAUUUCCCAGACAUUUACCGUGAGUUUGAGUCCCUGCAGGCUCAGGUGAGGCAGGCUGCCCAGGAUUACAUCAGCAGCCCACAGGGUGGGGCCACACCCCUGGAGGUCAGGAACAUCGAGGUGGCCAGGUCUCUGGGGAUCCUGGAUGAGGUCAACAAGAUGAAGGUGCUUCCUGGUGCAUCUCCUGGUUCAAGUUUGACCAAUAAGAACAUCCGAUACAUGGAGAACUCCAAAAUGCUGCCGCCUUCGAAGAGAUUCAAGAUGGAGAACAGCGUUCCUGUGCAUCACAACGGCCUUGAGACGCCAAAAACAGGUGGUACUGCAGUGACCCCAGUUAACUCUGUGACGACCUCUCUGAAGUCCUGCUCAGUCUCUGUCGCUCCACUGGUGAUUCCAGAUGGAACCAAACUGUUGACAGUCUCUGCUGACUCUGCUCCCAGUUCCUCCCAGGCCCUGCCCACUGUCACACCUAUGGAGGUGACCCCAGCUGAAGACCAGGAUGAUGCGCCCCUCCCUAUUCAUCAGGACCAGGUGCUGAGCUCCACGGACAUUAAAGCCCAGGUGACGGAGCUGGAGAAAACUCUGGGUUCAGGUUCUGCUGAACUCAUGGACACAAAGGCACCUGAGUCUGGGCCUGCCCUCACACCUGAGCCCACCCCUACACCUGGAUCUGAUUUUACACCCGGAUCUGUCGUCACACCUGAGCCUAGCCUGGUUCAGACUCUAAGCCCCUCCCACCCUGAGUCGGGCCCCUCAGAGGCCAAAGAGUUACAGGAGGGUGAGGAGAUCUACAUCCAGACCGAGGGACUGACCGUCCAGCUAGCAGAACCAGGCUCAGAGGGAAUCGUUAUCGUUAACGGGCCGGAUGGAACCACCAUGCACAUCCAGACCCCGGAGGGCGUGCCCUUGGAGGCGGUGCAGGCCCUGCUGGGCAUCGAGGCAUCAGAUGGAGCCAAAGCUCCCCAGUAAACAUAUGGACCAGAACCAGCACCUGGUCCAAACCACACAGAGACUUUAAGGUGGAAUGAGGUGGUGCCGCAGACAGACGCACCUGAGACAAUCCUGUAGGUAAAGCUGCACCUGCGAUGCCCCCCUCGGGAUUUUGCUGGACUUUACAGCUGUAGUGAACACUGCUGCCUGCAGGGGGUGGCUGCUCUGACAAACAAUUCCGUUAGUUCGAUUCCCAGACCUGGACCUCAGCACUGCAUUCAGAAACCAGAGUGAGGCUCAUCAUGACGUCAUGUUGACAGGUGAUUAUCACCUUCAUCCAGGUCUGUCCAGGUGUUGGUUAGGGUUAGCCGUAAGCAGUGUGUCCUCGCUGGGUACCUGUACAGUUCAUCUGAUUGGCUGGUUAAGUUCCUCCUGUGAUGAUGUCAUCAGUGGCCUCUCUGGUUUCCUGAACUCUGAUUGGCUGUGAAUGUGUAAAAUUUGUGUUUGGACUCGUUGACAGUGAAGUGAUCCGUUGGAUGUUCAUAUGUAGAUAAAGUUUAAAAAGUUGCACUAUUUUAUUACUUUUUAUAAAAUUACACGAAACGUUUUCCGAACGUGACGAGAACAUUUGGAGAACCGACGUGAGGAUGGAGGAAAAAAAAAAACUUUAUUUGUCCUGUUCAAGUGUUUCCUGUUCCUCCAAUAAACUGAA